UUUAAAUAAUGAGUGCCUGCAUAUAUUGUUGUCUCCUUUAAUUGAUAGCAAGUAUCAUCUACCCUCUGAGACAGACUUACCAAGCUUAUAAAUUACAAGAGAAACUAUAAAUAUGGGUUGUAUAUUGGAUUUUGAUGAGUUCAAUAUAUUUAUUAGAGGAAAUAUCAUUCGGAAUAUUGUUCAUGUAAGUUUUACUUUUAAGUCAAUAGGAUCCCAGGAUAUUCAAUUUUUAAGACUUUCUACGCUAUCUGGCUUUAUCAUGAAAAAACCCAAGGAGCUUUGGUUGUUGGCACAUUGCUGAAACCAGUAUUUAAUAAAGUCAAAGGCAUUAUGGCUCCAUUUUAAGAGAAAUUAGAUGUUCUUGAAAAAGUUAAAUGA